AUGAUCAAACAUUCACGGAAACGCCAAAAACUCGACGAUAGACAGCCUCUCGGGUCAUCUAAUAGAACGGCAGCUGCCAGCGAGAAAGAUGACGAAGAAAGGCGGCUAGAAGAACUCAUAUUCGGCGUACCCUUCGUACCAUCCGCUGUAAAUGCUGCAAAGAGUCGAACCGAGCUAGUCGACGAUGAUGAUGAGGGAGAAGGAAUCCAUAGUACUGGAAAGGAAAUGGAUGGGCUGCUAGACUCUGAUAUAUUCUUUGUCGAUGACGGCGGCCCGCCUCCGCCCCCAUCCGCCAGUCAAAGCACGCGUGAUGAAGAUGACACGAAUAACCUCGAGAGAGGAAGCGAUGACAAUGGCAGCGACGAUGAACCACCGAGUCACCCUCCUCCGCUGGAUCAAUCUACUUCCCGCAAAGCUGCGUGGUCAGACCCUGCCGAUGCACCUCUGGCUAUAUCUGUUGCUCCUUCAGAUCCAUCAACCUCUAAAAGGGCCCUGAAACUACGCGACUCCCAAAAUGAAACUGUACUCUCUGGCCGCGAAUACGAACGACGGCUUCGCAGGCAGUUCACAAAAAUAAAUCCCGAACCUAUAUGGGCUCUUAAAGCUCGGGAUAAGAUUCAUGGACAAGUCAAGAGAAGACGGUCCAGUCAAAGCGGGAGCGAGGUUGAGCAGGAUGACUCUGAAGAAAACGAAGACUCAAAUAUAGAUCAUCUACUCACGUCCACCUCAGGAGUUCUCCGGAAGGGGAGGUCAUCUAAAUUCUUGCUACCACCGACCACUUUGAACAUCAAUCGCCUCCGAGACGCUAACCAAUCUGUACAAUCCAAUGCGUGUGGCGACAUCAAGUCUUUGGCAUUUCAUCCCAACCCUCACGUCCCCCUCCUGUGUGUUGCAAGCAAGGACAAUCGAUAUCGACUGUUCCAGGUUGACGGUCAUACCUCCCCUCUCCUUCAGACUCUCCUUAUUCCUUCGCUUCCCCCCACUUCUACGUCCACCACCUUUCACCCUUCGGGCGGCCACCUUCUUCUGACGGGUGCCAGACCAUAUUAUUUCACGUACGAUCUACAAGCACAAAGAAUGACCCAGAGCGCCCGUGGACUCUGGGGAACAACAUUCAGCGGCGCCAACGAUUCAUCCAUUAGAGCUGAUCGGGGAAAGCGAGGUCGCGGCAAAGAUGGCGGCGAGCCCAUCCAACAUCAUGCUUUCCAUCCGUCCGACGGUUCCCUACUAGCAGUCGCCGGUCGAGGUGGAUACGUGCAUCUCGUUGAUUGGGGGAGUGGUUCAGGUCAGGUCAUUGAUAGCCUGAAAAUGUCGUCGGCGGUUAAGGGCCUAUGGUGGGACGACGGUCAAAGCGUCGGCGGAGGCGACUACUUGGUUUCACUUUCCAACGAUUCAGAAGUCUACAUAUGGGAUGUAGGUUCGCGACGCUGUGUACGCCGGUGGCGUGAUGAAGGUGGAUUCCGUGGCGCUGGCUUGAUGUUGGCUGGUUCAGCCCACGGCGGCCAAGCCUCCCUUGCCAUCGGGUCCAACACUGGAUUGGUGAAUGUUUAUGGAUCCGACGCCCUUGCACCAUCACCAAAUCGCGCAGCCACUUCUUCCAACCCUAAGCCGCACAAGACACUCGGUCAACUUGUUACAUCUGUAACGUCUCUACGUUUCAACCGCGACGGACAAAUUCUUGCGAUGGCGAGCCGUGAAAAGAAAGAUGCCUUGCGUUUGGUACACGCGCACAGCUUGACGGCUUUCGCCAAUUGGCCAACGGCAAGCACACCUCUUGGUCACGUUACGAGCAUCGACUUUUCAGCUGGCAACGACCAUAUGGCUGUUGGUAAUUCCAGAGGGAAAGUUCUGUUAUAUCAACUACGGGAUUACGGGGUGUAA